CUUGAGCAUGAUGAGGUCUUGAAUGGAUUUACCGUACAUAAUAAUAAUUUGUUUAAUUCUGCAUUCAUUGCUAAAUAUGUGAUAAACAUCCAGAAAUAUGCCAGACUGUCUGACAAGUCUGACAAUUAUGCUGUUGGGUAGACAAAUAUUGAAACAGUUAGCAGAACCAAAAAUAAAUGUAUACAUCAUGUACAUUACUGUUGAAUGGUGACAACUAUUACGAUGUUUAAGUGUCAGGAAAUCAAAGGAAAAUGAAUAAUAAAUCAAGUACACAUAACAUUGCAUAAGUGAAACUUGUGAUAAAGGCCAUGGAAACACCAGAUGGAAUAAACUUAAGUUCAGGCAGUUCUAGUCCUAGCAGUGAUGUGCUAAAGAGACAAAGAAAUUGCAUCAGUUCUAAUAAAAGAAAAGAUUCACUGCUAUCAAGAUGGAAAAAAUCAGGGCUCGCUUUCAGGAGAUAUCUAUAUUGUUUAGAUGCAAAACAAUCUGACAGUUCAUCUACAGACAUGACAGAUGAGGAAUUAGUCAAUAAAGUAAAGACCAGUCAAAAUACUAAAAAUAGUUAUGUUAAAAAAUCAUUGUCAAAAUAUUCAUCCAGUAUAGACAAAAGACAGACUGAUUGCCAUGGCAAUGGUUCUGCUUACGGCACUGGAGAAGUUCAAAACAAUGAUAGAAUUUUAAUGGCUAGUAAAUGUCCACAGCGAAAUAAGAUUUGUCAAAAAGAGCAGAAAAAUGUCCAUUGUGAAUGUUAUACAUGUUAUAGUGCUAUGGAUGAUUUGCUCACUGAUGAUUAUUUAUCCCUACAUUCCAGUAGAAACUGUGACACGGAUACAGAUCAAUCAGAUUGGUGUCACAGUACGGACCUGAUAGAAAGCACCUGUGAUUGCUGUAGUCAAUGUGAUAUUUCUAAAAAUUGUUUAGACAGUUGUCAUGCUUGUAAGAAAUUGGAGGGAGAUCAGAUCAUGACAGAUUUUUAUGCAUUCCAAGGUCAAGAUGAAUAUCAUAUAUGUUCAGAACAUUCCAAUCAGUUGCCUGAAAAUAUUGAAAACCAUAAACUUAAUAAAACUGAAAGAUAUAACAAACCUUUUAAAAGAAGCAAAAUUUCCAUAAAUAAGUGUCUGACUGAUAAAACAGCUGGUAAAACUAGUCACUUUGAUAAUAAUGGGAAGCAGAGUGGAUCUGAUGAAAUCUUUUGUAAAAGAUGUCAUUCUGAUAAUACUAUCAGCAAAAAGUAUCAACAUGCUGAUGUAUUUUGUAGAAAAUGUCAAUCAGAAAGCAAUUUUAGUUUUUUCGGAAAUAAUUCAAAAUCGUCAUAUGUUGACAAAUCAUCUGAGAGAACAUGUAAGGAUCACAGCAGAAGUUGUAUAUCAAAGAAUUUAGAUGAAUCUAAUUUAAAAUCUGAUGACAUCAUUCAAAAUAGGGAUAAAUUUACCCUAUCUGACAAAAAACUUCCAUUAAAGGGAGAUAAUCAUAGAUUUACUUAUUUACCUUUGAAUUUGGAUCCUGAUUCUAGAUCAGUACAUGGAAAAGUUGAUCAUUCAUACUCAAACCAUUCCAGUCCUCAAGAUAGUUAUGUUGUUACAGAAGGAUUUAGUGAUGAUGACAACGAUGAUGUUAAAUAUCUAGAGGCUGCCAUAGACUACAGUCCCUCAGGGUUCCUCUCUAGCUUAACCAGAAUAAGCUUAGAAAGUCUUUCAGAAGAAUCUACAGAUAAAAUAUAUCUAUCUGAUGAUGACAGUUUACCACAAGCACCCAGUUCCAUUCCUGGUUUGAAUUAUGCCAUGCCCUAUCUCUCUGACAGGUUAAAGAACAGUAUUGCACAACGUCUUGGUCAAGAAGGAAAUACUGAUGCUAGAAAUGAUCAGAAUGAUAUCGUUGAUUUUCAGGAAACAGAAGAAGUAACUCACAGUGAGGAGGAAGAGUCUUAUCAAGGGAGACAACUAUUAGUUGACCAGAGCACCAAUAUAGAAAAUAUGACUGAGGAGGAAACACUGACAGAUUUACUAACAAAUCUGGAAAAGAUCGACAUGAUUAACAAUCUGUUACUCAGUGACCAGGACAAUUGGGACAUUAGUAGGGCAAUGGAAACAGUUAGUACAGCUGAUACUGAUCAAAAUAAAGAUGAAGAAAAUAUUUCUGAUGGUGGAGAAGCUGAUGAUGAAUUUGAAUGUGACUGUCAGUUCUGUGUAGGUUCCAGUCUAGGUGGAGAUAGUUGUCAUAACAAUGAGGAGGAUACUGAAGAUAGAAACAGUCAUGAAAGUGCUGCACAGAGUGAACUAACAACAGUAGAAAAUACAGAUUAUGGCUUAAAUUUUUGGAUGUCUGAGAGAGAUGAUGAUGACGGUAUGUUUACUAUAAACAUUGAAGAGUUAUCUCCCCUAGAUCUACUGAUGAAUGACAGAAGAAGUGAACUAGAGCUGAUGUUUGAGAAUGUUAUAAUACAAAUGUUAGCUGUCCAUCCAGACUUACUGGGAGAACAGGCUCCGCCUCCUGCUACUCAGUCUACUAUACAGAACUUACCAAUAACUCCAGUGACCAGUCUACAGAUAAGUCAAAAUAUAUCCUGUCCAAUUUGUCUGUGUAUCUAUGAAGAAUGUGACUCUACGACAACAUUACCAUGCCAACACCAUUUUCAUCCUCUCUGUAUAAAGGCUUGGCUCAGCAAGUCAGGAACGUGUCCAGUUUGCAGAUUUACAUUAGAAUGAGAAGCCAACAGAUAUGAAGAAUUCAAAAUGAAACAAAGCUCUGGAUUUAAUAUAUUAUAAAUAAUUAAAUUUAUUUACAUGCUGGAACAGUUCUGUUAGACACACCAAAGCAAACAAGAAAUACAAAUGUAACACAGGUGGAAACAUGCAGAUUUAAAAUAAUCCUUAUAGUGCUAUGAAGAAUAUGAGUUGAUGGAUAUUAAAAUAAUACAAGAUAUGUGAUAAGCUCUUAUGAAAACAUAAAUAAAGACUAUUAUUCCAAUAA